ACGGUGGUCAUACGCGCUUUGGGAUUCUACUUAUUCCGUUUUGGCAAAAUGACGAGACUGUGGCUGCUUGGGGUGCUGGUCUGCUGCGGUCUGAUCAGUGCGGAAUAUUAUACCGUGAAACAAGCCGACAAGGACUUUGCGCUGAAACAGAAGAAGGUUUACAAUCUGCUCUACCGCGUCGCCCAGCCAGCCCAAGCGAAUCGUUCUUGGUACGAGGAGGGCCAACAAUGGAAUAUCGAAGCCAACAUCAACUUGUAUUCAAAUCAGGAUGCAGCGAAGAAUUUCCUUCUGCUGUACAAGAAUGGGAUGCUUCCAAGAGGAGAAAUAUUCUCCGUGUACUACCCACAGCUUCUUAAAGAAAUGGAAGCAUUGUUCAAAUUGUUCUACUACGCGAACGACUUUGAUACUUUCUACAAGACCGCUUUGUGGGCCAAGAACAACCUGAACGAGGGACAGUACUGCAUUGCCCUGUACAGUGCAGUACUCACAAGACCUGAUACCAAGUAUAUUCAGCUUCCACCGCCGUAUGAAAUGUACCCUUCCUUGUUUUUCAACUCUGAGGUAUUGGAGAGAGCUCAGCAUGCAAAACUCUUUGGUAUACCAAAAAAGCAAGGAGAAGAUAAGAGCUACAUAAUCUCAGCAAACUACUCGGGCUGGUAUUUGAAUCGCGAGUACUAUUUGGAGAACAAAUUGAAUUACUUUACCGAAGACAUUGGCUUAAACACCUAUUAUUUCUUCUUCCGGCAAGCGCUGCCGUUCUGGAUGGAGUCCAAGGAAUUUGGAUUGCCAUCAGAUUAUCGCGGAGAGGAGUACCUUUACGGGCACAAGCUACUGUUGAACAGAUAUAAUCUGGAGAGACUUUCGAACGACAUGCCUAGAAUCGAAGAUUUCGACUGGCAAAAGACGUUCUAUCCUGGUUAUUAUCCUACCAUGACUUUCCACAAUGGGUUGCCAAUGCCCCAAAGACCAGCGUGGAGCGAUUUUCCACAUUACAAGUACAGAUACAUCCAGGAUAUUAUGGAUAAAGAGUCGAGAAUAAGGUCUGCAAUCGAUUCCGGCUUCAUUUUUGGCAAUGACAGCAAAAAGUACAACAUUUAUACCGAUGAAGGCGCGAACAUUCUCGGAAACGCAAUCGAGGGCAAUGCCGACUCUUACAAUCCCAACUUUUACGGAAGCAUAGACAGGCUUGCGAGAAAGAUACUCGGCUACAAUUUAGAACCAGCGAGCAAGUACCAAAUUAUACCUAGCGCUCUUGAGAUGUCCCCUACUUCGAUGAGAGACCCUGCCUUCUAUCGCCUGUACAAGAGAAUUUGUCUUCUUUACUACAAAUACAAACUCCGACAACCGCCGUACAGCAAGGAAGAAAUAGUCUAUCCUAAUAUAAAGAUCGAAUCGUUCAACGUCGAUAAAAUGAUUACGUACUUUGACGAGUUCUACACAACGAUCAACAAUGGUUUAUUAAACGACGAUUUGAAGGAAGGCGAAGUGGGACCGCUGAUUAAAAUUAAACAAUACCGUCUGAAUAACAAACCAUUCAAUUUCCACAUUUCUGUAAACGCCGACAAACCGAUGAGAGUGAGCAUCAGAAUUUUCCUCGGACCGAAAUACGACGCGCACCGCAAACCGCUUGAGUUCCCGGACGGCUUUAAAUAUUUCUACGAAAUCGACAACUGGAUCACCGAACUGAACCCUGGGAUGAAUAAAAUCCUACGGAGUAGCCAGGAUUGCUACUUUACGAUUCCCGAUCAAGAAUCGAGCGAUAAGUUUUACGCAAAAAUUUUAUCGUCCCUGGACAGUAACGAACCGUUUACUUAUUAUGAAAGGGUGUUCGGUUUCCCAGAAAGAUUGUUGCUACCAAAGGGCAAGAAGGAAGGAAUGCCCUUCCAAUUUUUCAUUCACAUCAGUCCAGUGACUUCGGAAUUCACGUAUAGUUCGAGAGUGUGGGGCCAAACGAAAUUCGACAACAAACCGUUUGGCUUCCCGAUAGAUAAACCUCUAUUCGAUUUCAAGUACGACGGACCUAACAUGAUGUUCAAAGACAUCCUCAUAUACCACAAGGAUGAGUUUGACAUGAACAUAUCUUACUAACUCCUUUACGUUUCUAUAUCUCGAAUUUAUUUUUGUAAUACUGUUCUUUUUGAAUAAACGUUCUUUCCUUUA